AUGACGACUACGGCUUCAAUAUGGACGCUACAUUUUCAUUCGUCCUCGUUCCCAAUUCCGAUUUUAUCAAGUGAAGUACGAUUUCGGAGAUAUUUGGAAUUUGCUUGUAAUUGUAAAAACUGUACCAGUAGAAGUACAUUAAGAAAGUUCAUAGUGAGAGCAGUGAGUUCAGAUGAUGAUAAGCGCCUUCGAGAUGAGGUUAUAGUUAAUAACUCAUCAAAAGACAAUGCAGCGAAGACACAGCAAAACCCAGUUGCUAUGUUCCAAGAGUCAAUUAGCUCUCUUCCUUUGUUAGUUUUCAAGACUGGGAAAUAUUCUGGUGUAAGUUUCACUGUUGGAUUGUGCAUUGUGGCAACUUUGUUAAUUAUAGUGGUGAAAGGAUAUGCUGCAAGGAAAUCAAGACACAAUCGUCCUGGCUCUGUGGCUGAUCUUGUCCGCCGUGGUCAGCUGAGAUCGGAUAGAAGAGGCAUCUCAACACCUCUCAAAUAUGAAGACCCAUUCAACAACCCUAUGGUAAAGGUCAGCAAGAGCAAUUCAAGUGUUGAGAUGUGUGGAAAAGUAUACCGUUUAGCUCCAGUGACUCUCACAGAGGAAGAGCAAUCAGUCCAUCAGAAACGGAGAUCACGUGCAUAUCAGUGGAAGAGACCAACAAUGUUUCUUAAAGAAGGAGAAUCCGUUCCUCCUGAUGUGGAUCCCGACACUGUUAGGUGGAUUCCUGCAAAUCAUCCGUUUGCAACUACUUCAAGCGAUAUCGAUGAAGAUUUGGCACAAAAUAAUGUGUACCAGAAGCAUGGUGUUCCAUUUCGUAUUCAGGCAGAGCAUGAAGCAUUGCAGAGAAAGCUUGAAGCCCUGCAAAAUGAGCAAAAACUUAACAAAUUAGUGAUUGAUCCCGCAGCAGCCAGAGACUUUGAGAGGCCACUAAAAUCACAUCUGAAGUCAGGCGAUCAAGUAGAACAGAGCACCUCGAAUCCUAAAUCGAGUCCUAAUCCUCCUAAAUCCGACCGUGCACAUAAUUCCUGCGAGCAAACCAAUCUAUGA